AUGGAAAAGGAGUAUAUCCGAAGAGUAGAAGGUCUAGGUAAACUCUCCAAGGGUGAGAAGCAGGACUUUAUCAGACAAAUUCUCAGCAGUCCUUCUAGUAAAAUUUUUAGCAUAUGGCAACAAGCUGAAGAGAAACAUAAGAAUAGGGGAGGGAAUAAAGAAGAAAAUGAUGAUAAAGAUCUUCAAAUUGAAAUUCAAAAAACUAUCUUAGAGAUAGAAGAAGAACUAAACAAAGAACCUAAAAUUAUCAGAAAAGAACUUAAAAGUCGAAAAAAAGAGAUUCUAGAUGAUAUUCAGGACACUCGUCAGCGAAAGUCACAGUUAGAUGGACUCGUUAAAGAAUCUAUUCAACAAGUUAAGGAGGAGUUAGCCAAGGAACCACCAAUUGGAUUAGAGGAUUUAGAUAAUCCUAAUUGA